AGAUAAUAUUUAGGAGAUCCAACAUACACGCAAGGAUGAUAGAGGAGAACUGGUGUGGGUGGAUUCACAAUCCCAACAAAUUCAUGGUCAACUCCAAGAAGUUGUCGCUCAAUAACAAUAUGAAGAGAUCGAGCAUCCAAUGACUAGAGAUGAGAUUUUAUCCACCGUUCUUGGUGAGAGAACAGGCUAUGUUCGCGGAAAAGGAUACAGAAAGAAGCUUCCUAAAAAGAGUAACAUGCAGCAGGAAAACAUAGAGUCCAGCGUGUCUUCCGCUAUGGAAAUUAUGCGUCAGGAGAUGCAAGCUGAGAUGGAUAGGAAGUUGCAAGAAGAACGUGAACAAAUGGCUGCUCAGUUGCAAAGAAAUAUGGAACUUGAGUUGCAAAGGAAGUUGGAAGAGGAGCGUGAACACGUAAAAACAGAAGUAGACAAGAGGAUCCAUCUAGAAGUGGACAAGAGGAUGCAUGAACAAUUUGCUAGUUUGAUGACCAGAAUGCUACAACAGGUACUUGCUCCGCUGCUUCUUAACAAUUCUUCUUCCUUCUCGGCAUUUCUUCUUCCUUCAUUCUGGACAAUUCUUCUGUUGCUUCUUUCCUUCUCCGCUGCUUCUUAA